AAAAUCGAAAAAUUCAAUUUUAUCAAUUAAUUUACUGGUAUGAGCUGUUGUUAUUAUUUUAAUUUCGUAUAUAUGUAAUUUUUUACACAUGUCAAACACUUAGAUAUCAAAUAUUGUCCCAUGUUAUGAUGCACACGGCUUGAAUAAUUGUCAAUCUGGAGUGUAAGACGUUAUUGAUGCCUGGUGUGCAUACGUAUAAUUGUUACGCGAAUUAUUUUCAUGCGGCACAACUUUAAUAGUUACGGAGUAUUACUGUUCAUCUCGAUGUUGUUGAAUUGGAGUAAGGGCUAACAUGAUAGGCAAGCAAAGUCAGUCAUUUGACAACGAAGACAAUCAGUCACGAAUAAAACUGAUUGCGAACAAGCGGAGGUUCUUGGAAGAAAGAUCUGCUCAGAUUGAGACAGAGAUCAGAAAUUGCUUUGAGGAACUGACAAAAGUUCUGCAGUCUAGAGAAAAGCAAUUACUUCGACAAGCGGAAGCCAUCCACAGGCAACAACUCUCACUGGUAGAGACUUCAUUAAAUUUCUUACCAUCGUCGAUAAUAAUUUUGAAUGAUAGGACUGAGCUGAAGAAACGGAUAAGCCAAUUUGGUAAUAUUGAGAUACAUGGAUUGAACGGUAUCACAGUGAAGGAUGUGGAGCCAUACAAGGUUGCUGACUAUCAGGAUGCUAACAAGGACCAUGUCAGUUUUGAUAAAUCAAUCACAUGCCAGAAAAUUAGAGAUGACUUAAAUUUUCCAUGUUGCAAGGAUUUCAAAUCUGACUGCAGAAUUUUACGUAUCUUAAGCUUACCUUCUGCUUUCCUCCCUGAGAAUCAGUUGCAAGAUUCACAGAAUAUGAAAGACAAGGCAUUGAUGACUUUCAACGAUACUCUGUUCUUGUCAGGAUGUUCGCCGCUUUUAAUUAUAAAACGUAAACUUGGACUAACACAUGUAUCCUUAGAUGGUUUGCAUACCUUCAGCAAGAUAUAUUCGCGUAAUGUACAGCCGUUUGAGAUAUCUUAUGAGACCGCAGAAUCCUGCGGGUUAGAUAUUUUGACGAGUGAAGGGAUGGAAGCUAAUUUGCAAGAACUCGACAAGGAAGUUGUUUCGCAUUAUGAUGACAUUGAAUCAAUUAGAUGCUCGAGGAAAAAAGACAAAAAUUAUGAACAUCCGAUACAAGUGCAACAAUGGUUACGGCAAAUUCUCGCGGAAACUGAGACAGAGCCUGCGAUUCAUGAAGCUGGGCAAUUCUCGGAGAUAUCCAAGGCGAAAUUUUGUGACGAAUUGUAAUCUUAUCGUUAAUUGAUACUUUGACCGGGGCCAAAGUUUCCAGAGCGAUGGAAAACACUGACAAGGCUGAUAUACUUUAGAAAUUAUAUGUCGAAUAUAUUUUUAAUUUAUAUAAUUUUUCAUAAAAUAAAGUGAAAAAAAGCGUU